AUGCAUCCUGAUCAGAGAAAAAAGUCAUCCGUGGAUGUGGACUUCUUUACUGAAUAUGGUGAAGGGAGCAGAUACAGAAUAGAGGAAGUAAUUGGUAAAGGAAGCUAUGGUGUUGUCUGCUCUGCAUAUGAUACACACACUGGCGAAAAGGUUGCAAUAAAGAAAAUCAAUGACAUAUUUGAACAUGUUUCCGAUGCUACUCGCAUUCUUCGUGAGAUUAAGCUUCUUAGACUUUUACGCCAUCCUGAUAUUGUGGAGAUCAAGCAUAUUCUCUUACCUCCUUCUAGAAGGGAAUUCAAAGAUAUAUAUGUUGUCUUUGAACUCAUGGAAUCUGAUUUGCAUCAGGUCAUCAAAGCUAAUGAUGAUCUGACGCCAGAGCAUUACCAGUUUUUUCUGUAUCAGCUUCUUCGAGGCUUGAAGUAUAUUCACACUGCAAAUGUAUUUCACCGUGAUCUAAAGCCAAAGAACAUUUUAGCAAAUGCUGACUGCAAGCUGAAGAUUUGUGACUUUGGUCUUGCCAGAGUGGCUUUCAAUGAUACCCCCACUGCUAUUUUCUGGACAGAUUAUGUUGCUACAAGGUGGUAUAGGGCUCCUGAGUUGUGUGGAUCCUUUUUUUCCAAGUAUACACCGGCUAUAGACAUAUGGAGCAUUGGCUGCAUAUUUGCGGAACUUUUGACUGGAAAACCUCUUUUCCCUGGGAAGAAUGUUGUUCAUCAACUAGACCUUAUGACUGAUCUUCUUGGAACUCCAUCUCCUGAAGCCAUUGCUAGGGUACGAAAUGAGAAAGCUAGAAGAUACUUGGGCAGCAUGCGUAAGAAGAAGCAAGUUCCUUUCUCACAUAAGUUUCCAAAUGCAGACCCUCUUGCUCUUCGUUUGUUAGAAAGAAUGUUGGCAUUUGAGCCUAAGGAUCGGCCUUCUGCCGAAGAGGCUCUAGCGGAUCCAUAUUUUAAAGGCUUGGCCAAGGUUGAGAGAGAACCAUCUGCUCAGCCUGUUACCAAGAUGGAAUUUGAGUUUGAGAGACGCCGGAUAACAAAGGAAGAUGUACGAGAGCUUAUAUACCGAGAGAUUCUGGAGUACCAUCCAAAGAUGUUGAAGGAAUUUCUAGAGGGAGCAGAGCCAACAGGUUUCAUGUAUCCAAGUGCUGUGGACCACUUCAAGAAGCAAUUUGCAUAUCUUGAGGAGCAUUAUGGCAAAGGAGGAACUGUUGUUCCACCUGAGAGGCAACAUGCAUCAUUACCCAGACCUUGUGUGUUGUAUUCAGACAACAAAAUACAGAAUACGUCGGAGGUUGCAGAUGAUCUAUCCAAAUGCUGCAUCAAAGAAGUUGAGAAACAGCCGGUAGAUAGGAGUACUGUUAUCCCAAUGUCUCGGCUUCCCUUACAAGCACCUCAAAAUAUUCCAGGUGUUGCAGCAAGGCCGGGUAAGGUUGUUGGUUCAGUGAUGCGAUACAACAACUGUGGGGUAGCAGUGACGGCAGAGACUGAGCAGCGGAGAGUAGUCAGGAAUCCAUCUGUUUCAGCUCAGUAUGCUGCGUCCAGCUGUUCGUAUCCUAGGAGAAACACCGGCUAUAAAAAUGAGAGGGGGACAGAGGAUGAAGGGAUUGAAGGUUCAAAUGGACUGCAGCCAAAGCCUCAAUACAUGGCAAGAAAAGUGGCUGCUGCUCCAGGUGGACCUGGUGGUCAGUGGUAUUGA